CAACUUUUUUUUCUCUUUACUUUUCUUUAAUAGUAUACAAAACAAUGGUUAACUGGACUACUCCCAUACCUACUGAACCCACUGCCACCCUCGUUCACGUCAAGAACUUGUCGUUGACCACCUCCGAGAAGACGGCCAGAGACUUCUUUGAGUUCUGCGGUAAGAUCAAGUCAUUUGAACUUCAGCCCAGCGCAGACGGUAAGCACCAAGAAGCGCUUAUUCUGUUUGAACGCGAGUCUGCUGCCAAGACGGCCGUUUUGCUUUCCAACGCUUUGAUCGAUGAAUCCCACAUCACUGUCGAAUCGUACUUCCCCUCCACCACCGAGCCCUCCUCCACUCACCACGACGACGAUACUUCCCAAGAGUCCAAGCCAAAGUCCAACAUCAUGGCCGAAAUUUUGGCCUCCGGUUACGUGUUGACUGACAACGUUGUCGCUAAGGGUGUUGAAUUUGACUCCAAGUACGCCUUCACCAAGCGUAUCCAAGAUUACUUGGCCAAGUUGACCAACACUGCUCAACAGUUGGACGACAAGUACAAGGUCACUGAUAAGGCCACCGAGGUCGACAGCAAGUUGGGUAUCCAGCAACGAACCAAGACCGCUGGUGAGACUGCUCAAACCAAGGCUCAAGAAUUAAUGCAGACUGAGACUGGACAAAAGGUUCAGACUUUUGCUGAUCAGAUCAUGAAGCAAGUUGGUGCUGUUCACAGAGAAGCUCUUCGCCUUGCUGUAAGUUGAAAUUAUCAUUUUUUUAAUACCGGGGUCAACCGAAUGGAAUGGCUAAUAUGGCAUAUUUUUAGGAGGAGAAGAAGGGAUCACCCAUCGAUUUCACUGGUACCACUAGCACCCCUGCUACCACAACCGCCCAGCCCACUCUCGCCCAGCCUGCUGUUCCCUCUGCAGUCAACCCCGAAAAGCCAACUUUGUAAUUUAGCAGGUCCCCCCACAAGACUGAUCUGAAAACCCCCCACCUCUCUUUUUUUUUUGGGUCUUCGCCUGUGCUGCGCCGUCUGUAUAUUUUUUUUUCUUGAAGCGCAGACCAAGCGAUGACUAGAAAAAAGAAAAAUGAUAUAAAUAGUGCAUCCAAUAAAUCAAAAUAUCUUUUUAUAAUUGCAACCAAGCGAGUCG